CUCUUGAUUUUCUUGAUUUUCUUCUUCUUUAAACAAAACAAAAAAAAGGACGUUAUAUUAUGAUUGAAGACAUUAGCCUUGCGUUGGGUAGAGUCCACUGGAGUGUCUGGGCUGUUGCUCCUAUUGUGUUUGCUGCUCUCUACCGUAAGCAUGGCAGCUUCUACUACCGCUCAUUAGUUUCUAUCAUUUGCCUCGCAAUCUCUGCAAUCUUUGGAAUGUGCGCCUCUCUUCUUCUGCCGCUUGUCCGUAGAAGCGACCUCACCAACUGGGCCGUCGCUCGACUGUAUUACAACCUCACACGUAUCUUCCUUGGCGUCAGCGUCAAGAUUGAGGGAGCUGAAAACCUCAAGGUCGAUGGUCCUGCUGUAUAUGUGUGCAACCACCAGUCCAGCAUGGAUGUGUUUGUUAUGGGAAGCGUAUUCCCAAAGGCUACCUCUGUUGUAGCAAAGAAGGCCAUCAAGUACUACCCUAUCCUCGGCUGGUACAUGACCUUGAGCAAUGCCAUCUUCUUGGACCGUAAGAACCGUGACAGUGCAAUCAAGGAAGCUCAAAAGGCUUCUGAUGAUAUUCAUCGUAAAAAUACAAAUGUCUGGCUUUUCCCUGAAGGUACUCGUGGUCAUGAAUCAGAAAUCACCAUGUUGCCCUUCAAAAAGGGUGCUUUCUACAUGGCAGUCCAGGCCCAGGUUCCCAUUGUUCCAAUCGUUGUUGCCAACUAUAACCACAUCUACAGCUCUAAGCGUAAGGAAUUCAAAUCCGGAGAAAUCACCGUCAGAGUCUUGCCAGCCAUCCCAACCAAGAACAUCCUUGCAGAGUCCGAAGCAGUGGAUCAACUUGCCACUGGAACUCGUGAAAAGAUGCUCGUAGCCCUCAGAGAGAUCUCGGUUAAUAAGAAAACCCAAUAA